AUGGAAAUACACGAUGAUUGUUUAUAUAAAUCAAUGCUGAAAAUACCGAUACCAAAUACUAAACCAAAUAUAAAGGACUGUUUGCAACCAAAAGAAAUUACACAAUUUGAAAAAUUAAUGUUAGAAAUAAGAAGUAAUUUCAUUCUUAAAAUCAGUGAUAAAGAACCUGGUAAAUCAAGCUUUGAAACGUCAAAUAUACCUUCACAUAUAGAUCCGAUCUUUACAAGUUUUGGAACUCGCCAAAGAGAUCCAUUUAGUCUUUCUGAUAUUAUACAUGACACAUAUAAUUAUGACUUCAAUUCAAGAACAAUAAAAUAUCCUGGAGAACAACUCGAUCGCAAGUAUGAAUCAUUAUAAAAAGUAAAAAAUCACAAAUAAUUGAUUAAUUGUGUUUUUAGAUAUGAAAAGCCUUUUAGUAAAUAUAAAAUAUAUGGAAAAGUUACUAAAGGUGACGUCAGUGGAGAUAGAGUAAAAAAAUUACUUUACUCUCUUAAGGAACCAUGCAAAUUUACACAUUUUGACGUUAAA